GCAAGAAGAAGGCAGCAAUGCAGUCGCGUUUAGAAACUCCGGCAAAACUACCGCCACACGACAGAACGAUCUCAAAACUGUUAAUGGAAAAGAAAAGAAGAGCAAGGAUUAACAGUUGUUUGGAACAGCUGAAAACUCUCCUUGAAACGCAGUACCCCAAGAUUUCCAAACAUAAGCUUGAGAAGGCUGACAUUCUGGAGAUGACGGUUACGCACUUAAAAAAAAUGCAAGAAUCCAAUCAAGACUUCUCUGGAAACGAAAUGACUGCUCAACUUCACCUCUCCGGUUUUAAAGGCUGUGUGGAGAGAGCCGGCAGAUUUGUAAUAAAUCAGCCCGACGGUAAGGGGUUGGCGCUGCACCUGCUUAGCGGGCUAUCUCGACCCCCAGCGCCACAGCGCCCUGGCUUCACUUUUGACAGCGCCAUUAAGAAAAAAACACAUAGUGAAACUCCAACAAAUGACAGCCCCCGAACUGCUCUCUACACUUCAGGAAACAUGAACAGCAUUCUGUCCGUGCCCAAGGUCCUCUAUCCUCCAAGAGAACCGAGCGUGAAUGUUGCGCCUGGCGGUAGGAAACCGAUUAAUCAGACAGACGUUGACUUUUCAAAGUCAACGCAAGGUGCCAACAUCCAUAUCUAUUCUCCGAAUUCAAAAAGUAGGACCUGUGCGUCUGGACCAGCACACUGGAGACCGUGGUGAAGAACUUUCUCCGAAUGCCCCAUCAGAGGCUAUUCUUCAAAUGCACUUUCCUCAGUUUCCUUGUAAAAAUGUACA